UUUGGUUAUGAAAGACCUGAGGAUUAGAGUCGAGAUCAUAACACAAACAUGGCACGAUUGUUUACGUUGUCCAGGUCGCCUCCCCUGUUACGUUUAUCUGUGUUGAAUAGCAACAUUGUGACUCGAACAUGUUUGUCCAGUGUUUCAAACAAAUCUGCAAAAUGCGUCAUAGUACUGUCGCAGCAGUUCUCGCGCUAUCACACAAAAACCCGAGUGAAUGGUAAAAUUCUCUUAAAACACAGUACAGUUAUUUCACAUCUUGCAUCAAGACCAGUUCAGAGAAAUAGCAGUUACUUCUCCAGCAUUCUAAAUAAGACGUUUGUUGUUAGUGCAGCUGAACCCCUUCCCAGUGACAAUGAAACUGAAGCCUCGCCUUUCAUCAACAGUGGAGAGAGUGGUAUCCUUGAAGAUAAAUCUGCCUUGGAGUUUCCCAGUAUCAUAGACACCUCUGUUGAACCUCCUUUACCCAGUAUCACAAAUACCUCUGUUGAGUCUACUUUGUCCUCAGAAACCACAAUAGAAAGUAUAACCUACAUUCCCCCACCACCAGCACCACCUGAAGCACUUUCUCAGCCACUUAAUGCUUUAGGGGAACCCACUAUUCAGAGUCUUGGAUUGGGAGGUUGGAGCCCUGUUGGCAUGAUACAGAAUUGUCUAGAUUACCUUCAUGUUUCAUGUGACCUUCCAUGGUGGGGAGCCAUAGCCAUUGCUACGGUUUGCAUCAGGGUAUUGAUCUUCCCUCUUGUGAUUACAUCCCAAAAAAAUGCAGCAAAAAUGAAUAACAAUCUUCCUCAGUUACAACUUCUUCAAAUGAAGAUGACUGAAGCAAGAAAUUCAGGCAAUCAGAUGGAGUCUGCUCGAUUGGCACAGGAGAUGAUGAUCUUCAUGAAGGAGAAAGAUAUCAGUCCAAUGAAGAAUGUUGUAGUACCUCUUGCUCAGGCCCCACUUUUCAUCUCCAUGUUUAUGGGACUACGAGGUAUGGCCAACCUCCCCUUAGAAAGUAUGAAGGAGGGGGGACUCUUUUGGUUUGUAGAUCUCACAGUUUGUGACCCAUAUUACCUUCUCCCACUAGUCACAGCUACAACCAUGUUGGCAACCAUAGAGCUUGGAACAGAUGGAGCUAGAAUGAAUACUCCCACCAUGCAAAAUGCCAAGUGGGUAUUGAGAGCACUACCUAUAUUGGUCUUUCCAUUCACCAUAAAUUUUCCUACGGCUGUGUUGUGUUACUGGGUGUCCACCAACUUAUUUUCCUUAAUACAAGUAGGACUUCUGAGGAUCCCAACUAUACGAGACUUUUUUAACAUCCCAAGACUGGUAACUCACAGACCAGAAACCCUGCCCCAUAAGCCAAAGGGAAUGGUUGCUGGUUUUAAGGAAUCUUGGUCAAACAUGAGGAUCACCAAGGAGCUAGAAGAACGAGAACGGUAUGAUGAAAUGAGAUUCAAGAAGGCAGGUGCAGGACCUAUUGUGCGAACGUUUAAACACGAUCCUACCAAGAAAAGGGUAAUUAAUGUGCAAGCUAAAGUAAAGAGCAAAGUUUGACUUGGGUAGUUAACUUAUAAUUCUAUUAUCGAUUUAUUUUUGGUUAGUCACUAAUCCUAGGUUUUGAGGCUAUAAAAUUGAGUCUGCUAUUUAUACCGUAUAAUUUCACUGCUUGAGAUUUGUAAAUAAAUACCAUGCUGUAAGAAAAUUUUGUUUUGUAUAGUUAUGUUGUACAAAAUAUAUGUGUAUUGUUUUAUUA